AUGCACAUGUUCUACUUUGUUAACCUGCUAUUGAGCGAACUCUCCCUCAGGUGUGUUGCAUACCCAAGCGACCCGCACGAAUACAUCCCGCACACCGAAAGCGACAGUCGCUCUCCAUGCCCAGGCCUUAACGCCCUGGCCAACCAGGGCUACAUCCCCCGCGACGGUCGCAACAUCGACCCGGCCCAGCUCGCCGAGGCCAUGCUCGAGGUGAUGAACCUAUCGAUUGAGCCUUUUCAGAGCGAGAUCAACACCGCCCUCGCCCAUUCGACCACCGGCAACAGCUCUACGUUCAACCUGGAAGAUUCCAACGUCCAUAACGACAUCGAGAUCGACGGCUCACUGUCCCGCAAGGACUUGUACUUUGGCGACAAUAUCCACUUCGACGAGGCGAUCUGGGCCCAGAGUUCGUCCAAGUUUGAAGGUGACAUAAUUACUAUUCGGACGGCUGCAGAAUCUAGGAGGUAUCGGACCAGUAUGGCCAAGGCCGAGAACCCAAACUUCACCAAGAACGCAUUCAUCGCUGGGCUUGCGCCAGCUAUUUAUAUGCUGGUCUUUGGUGGUAUAAAUGCUACGCAGGCUCGGAGGGACUGGAUCGAUUCGUUCUUCCGUGAGCUUUUAUUACAACAUUUGAAUGCAAAACUUUAUUUGAAGGAUGAUGACUGA